AGAUCAAUGCGAAAUUAAAUUUUUCGGUUACUAAACAUAUAAAAAUUGAAUACUUUUUGCUAAUGCAGUUUUUGUUAUGAAUGGUAAAAAUAAAAGUUUACCGGAAAUGUAGGGGCCAAAAGUUCUUAAAACAAUUUAAUUUUUGUUAUCGGUGAAAUAUAUGUACGUACAUACGUGCAUAUGUACAUAUAUGUUCUAAAGUCAUAUUUCGUUAAUCGAAUAAAUAGCUUUGUGUUUGUCAAAACAAAAUAAAAUGGGAUCUCUGACAUAAGUCUUAUAGUGAACAUAUUUUGCAUACAUGAAAAGUCGUAACAAAACUUUAGCCGUUUGUUAUGCCGCGAUUUUUUCGUUAAAAAGCAAAUUAUCCUAUAUUUCAAAAGGGUGGGACUAAAAAUUUCGUUAAUACAUACAUACAUACAAAUAGAAAACCUGUUUUUACAGACUGUGCAAAACAAUUUACGCGGGCAACACGCGUGCGUGAGAUUGGUUAAGCAUCGAUUUUUUGUAUAUUUAAGGCUUACAUUAUGGUAGAAUCUUACUUUUGACUUCAGAACAUUUUUGUGGGUUUCUUAAAAAAAUAGUAAGCAGAAUGGGUGCUUACUUAUCGCAGCCAAAAACAGAUAAGGCAUCAACAGAUGAAUUUAAUGAAUUUCUUACUGUUGGAACAAGUUCAAUGCAAGGAUGGCGAAACAGUCAAGAGGACGCCCACAACUCAAUUUUAAAUUAUGACAAAAAUACAUCUUUUUUUGCUGUAUAUGACGGUCACGGCGGCGCCGAGGUUGCACAGUACUGCGCUGAUAAGUUUCCAGAGUUCUUAAAAGGUCAUAAUUCGUAUCAACUUGGUCAAUUAGAAGAAGCUCUUAAAGAAGCUUUUUUAGGAUUUGACAAAACAUUGCUUGAUCCACCAGUGGUCUCUUUACUAAAAAUAUUGGCUGGCGAGCAUAAUCUCGUCGAUGCGGAUGCCGAAGAGGAAGAAGAUGACGAUGUGGAAGACUUAAUUGAACUACGAGAGGAAAGCCAUUUGCCUUUAAACGAAGUUUUAGAGAAAUAUAAAGGGCUUCCACAAACCCAUGAUUUGGUAAAGAUGCAAUCAGAUUCCAAUGAAGGAUUCAAACAUCAAUCCCCAUAUUUACGGGGACGCAGAGCUGCAGCAGUGGCUGCAGAAGCAGCAAAUAAAGCUGUAAUGGACCCCUUAUCCAGACCAGAAGGUUCCUCUACUUCAGCUGCAGCAGCCGCUGCACUUGCCGGUAUUGACAAUUCCAGUUCAAACCAAUCUGUAAGGAUUUUAGAAAAGGGUGCGGAUAUCAGUAAAACUAAUGCUAAUAUAACUGAAGAUUGUGUUAUUGCAAAACCUCACAAAAGUAAUCAGAAUGGGUGUGUAACUACCUCAGAGGUUAAGUGUGAGGGUGACUCUAACAACAAAAAUGUAACAAAUAUCGAAGGAUCUCUUGAAUCCGGUUGCAACAAAAUUGAAAAAUUAAAACCAAAUGGCACCGAAAUAACCAAUAUUAUGUAUUCUUCGUCUAAUAAAGAAUCGGAAAAACUAAUGAAUGAGAUGACCACGUUUCCCUCAGAGGAGGAGUCCACAGAUGAUGAUGAUGACUACGCAGAAAAUGAUAAAAACGCGGAUAUCUUAACUGAAGAAAGUUCUGAUGACGAUAUUGAAUCGACCAACAAUGAUGAGGAGAACGAGGACGAUGAUGAUGCAAGCGAUGACGAGAUGGAUGAAGAUCAAAUGGCCAAUGAUAACUUUUGUGCCAAUAUGAUAGAAGAGCCAGGAAAAGAUAGUGGAUGUACGGCUGUGGUUUGUCUAUUGCAUGGUCGCGAACUUUUUGUGGCAAAUGCAGGAGACUCCCGUUGCGUUGUGUCUCGUAGUGGACGAGCUAUUGAAAUGAGCAUUGAUCAUAAACCAGAAGAUGAAGCAGAGGCUACGCGUAUCGUCAACGCUGGUGGUCGUGUCACCCUUGAUGGACGUGUUAACGGUGGUUUAAAUUUAUCAAGAGCCCUUGGUGAUCAUGCCUAUAAAACAAAUUUGGAAUUGCCUGCUGAGGCCCAAAUGAUAUCUGCAUUACCAGAUGUUAAAAAAUUACUUAUUACGCCAGAAGACGAAUUUAUGAUAUUGGCUUGUGAUGGUAUAUGGAAUUAUAUGUCCAGUGAGGAGGUUGUCGAAUUUGUUCGUUUAAAAUUAAAAGACGAAAAUCGGAAAUUAUCCCAAAUUUGUGAAGAACUUUUCGAUAAUUGUUUAGCGCCAAACACGAUGGGCGAUGGAACUGGUUGUGACAACAUGACUGCCGUAAUUGUGAAAUUCGGGAAAAAGCUCCACGAAUUGGAGACAUCAAUCAAUCAGACAGACGUUGGAAACGAUUUAGUAAACAUGUGCAAAGGAAAUACAAACACCAUAAAUAAACAAAGCUUUCUUAAACGGUGUGCGUCACCAGAUGCAGUUGCAGGAGUCAGUGCUUUAAAUAAUUCCAAUAAACGAUUAAAGACUGAAGACCGUGUUUUGGAACCAGUUGACACUGCCUCUGAAUUUGUAAGUGGCAAUUCAGACAGCCAAACUGAAAGCACCGCCGUGAUUAAUGCAAAUGAAAUAACUAUAGCUGUGUCGCCAUCUUAAUGUAUUUACAUGUCAAUUGAUUAUAAUUUGCACUUGGCGAAUAAAUUUCACUAUUUAUUGAAAGCAUGCAGGCGUACAUAAAUAAAUAUCUUUGUAUACUUAUACCAGAAAAAAA